CAGUCUGCAGCUCGAACCAGUAAUUAAGCUUACCUCUCUCCGACCGAUUCCCAAUUCAUCGUAUAACCUUGCGACGAAAGCAGCGACGACGUUUGCGUAAUCUGUGGAGCCAUUUUUAUGUAAUCGAUUGAAUUCUCAUCGAAUUGAAAUCAUACACGAUAUUAUUGCUAUAGUUUCUCUUUUUGGGAAAAAAAUAAUCCACAGCCGCAAUUAAGGCUUCCUGUGUUGUUUUUAUUCGAUUAGGAUUAGUUGAAUUUCGCCGCAACCUCGCUUAUUUUAAUCUGUAGAUCUGAAAUCUGAGUAGGUUUUGUUUCUGAAUUUAUUUGAAUCGUGUUAUUUGAUUGAGUGAGAGAAUGGUAGAUUCGCCGUCGGAGGCUGAACCUGAAGAAUGUGAUACCGAACCGGAAUUCGUUGAGGUUGAUCCAUCCGGUCGCUAUGGUCGGUAUAAGGAGGUGCUUGGUAAAGGAGCUUUCAAAAAAGUCUAUAGAGCAUUUGAUGAAUUGGAAGGAAUUGAGGUGGCAUGGAAUCAGGUCAAAGUCUCUGAUCUCUUGCGAAACUCUGUGGAUUUGGAGCGGCUGUAUUCUGAAGUGCACUUGCUUAAGACACUUAAGCAUAAAAACAUUAUCAAAUUCUACAACUCAUGGAUUGAUACCGUGAACGAACAUAUCAACUUCAUUACUGAAAUUUUCACAUCUGGGAAUCUACGACAGUAUAGGAAGAAACAUAAGCACGUUGAUGUAAGGGCGUUGAAGAAAUGGUCCAGACAAAUCCUAGAGGGGCUUCUGUAUCUUCAUAGUCAUGAUCCUCCUGUUAUUCAUCGUGACCUGAAGUGUGAUAACAUUUUUGUGAAUGGAAAUCAAGGAGAGGUGAAAAUUGGCGAUCUGGGGUUGGCUGCUAUUCUUGAGCAGGCUCGUGCUGCUCACAGUGUAAUUGGUAAGGUUCGAUAUUGUUAUUUCUCUUUUAAUGAAUCACUUUUCUUAUUCGAAUUUGAUGUUAUUCUAGGAACACCCGAAUUCAUGGCACCAGAGCUUUAUGAGGAGAAUUAUAACGAGCUUGUUGAUAUAUAUGCCUUUGGUAUGUGCUUGCUGGAGCUAGUGACCCUUGAGUAUCCAUAUGUUGAAUGUACCAAUGCUGCACAGAUAUAUAAGAAAGUGACUUCUGGAAUCAAGCCAGCGUCACUUGUUAAAGUAAAGGAUCCUGAUGUCCGGAUGUUCAUAGAGAAAUGCAUUGCAAAAGUCUCUGAUCGAAUGUCAGCCAAACAACUAUUGAUGGACCCAUUUCUACUAUCAGAUGAGGAUUCUGGGAUACCUCGCUCUCUACACCAAUCUUCAGGUGAUAAUGCCAACCAUUUCGAUGCUGAAAAUCACCACGAAGACACCCUGUUUGAGGGCAGUCUCGAUUUUGUGGUGCAGGGGCAACGAAAAGACCAAAACACAAUAUUCUUGAAGCUUCGCAUAGUGGAUUCGUCAGGUCAUAUUCGGAACAUACACUUCCCAUUUGAUAUUGAGAUAGAUACCUCGACUGAUGUCGCAAGUGAAAUGGUUGAAGAGCUGGCUUUAACCGAUCAUGAUGUCUCAGUUGUUGCUGCAAUGAUUGAUUCUGAAAUUCAGUCCCAUAUUCCUGAUUGGGCACCAAGAGAAUUAUCUGGCAGAAAUAAAGCAGCUUUAGAAGAAAGUGCUUCUAGGCCUGCUUCUCCAGCAACCACUGAUUCGUCCAAUGCAAUUGUUAUGGAAAGACUUCCAUCCGGACGCAAGUAUUGGCAUGACUCACCAAAAGAUAGUGCUGAAAACUCUCCACAUCCUGGCCCUUCUAACUUGUUACUGCCAGAAUCAAAUCUCUCUAGAGACAGUUGGUCUGAUGAAAAUAAUCAAUCUCCUGUUGGUCAUAGGGAUAACAUUAGUUUGUACGAAGGUUCCCCUCUCAGGCAUGUGACUAAUUUACGAUCUGGUGAUGUUAGCCAUGGUCAUCAUGAUGAUGGAUCAGAUGACGAGUCACUAUCUUUGGGAGAUAAUACAAUUUCAACUGGAAAUGAGUCGGAUGACAUAAAGGACAUUAUCGAGAAGCUUGAGCAUAUGCUGGAUGAUCAGCAGAAGGAGCUAGAAGAACUUAAGAAGAAGCAUGAAGUAGCAAUUACAGAUAUUCUAAAUGAACUUCCCGAGGAGAUCCGUAUGAGAAUUCUCAGAAUAUGCAACCAGAAUAGAUCAGAACAUAACUUUCAUUACAGAGGGACUCCACUUGAAGACUGAAUUUUUGGAUUGAUCUUCCUUGAUGAUAACUUCAAGUCUUACUCUUCUAACACCAGCGUUGAAACAAAAGCAGGGAGCUCGUUGAAAGUGAGGAUGUCAAAAUGCCUAGUGAUCAAGCUGUCUAAUCUGGUAAAAUUUUUGAAACUCUUUCACAUGUUUUCUUGAGUCGAUAGGCCCUUCUAGUUUUCCUAUAAGGUAUACCUGUACAGAUUCAUGGUUUUUUUAUAUCCAACACAAGGGCUUUCGAUAUUAGAAAGCCUGUGUUUUUUUGUUUUCGUGAGCUAUGUUCAUGUUUAUGCCUCAUAGUGCAUGGAGGCUGUUAGUGGUGGUAUACUGUACAACUUAAUAUGUUUGAUUGCUGAUGGAUUUUAGACAUGAAAUCAUUUGUACACAGAAUAAGUAUUUGAUUAUUAUGUGUUUUUAACAUCUCA